CUUGUCAGUGCCCAUCAAUGCCACCUUCAGUGCCGCCUAACAGUUCCAAUCAGUGCCACCUAUCAGUGCCAUAUAUGAGUGCUGCCUUUCAGUGCCCAUCAGUGAUGCCUGUCAAUGCCCAUCAGUGCCCAUCACUGCAGCCUCAUUAGCACACAUCAGUGAAGGAGAAAAAUUACUUAUUUACAAAAUUUUAUGACAGAAACUAAGAAAAGUUUUUUUUU